AUGCGCUGGCUACUGCUCGCCUUGUGCGCAACUGCAGUAUGGGCUCAACAAUGGGACGCCGUCAAUUUCCCGAAUCCAACGGCUGGCCAAUUCAAACAGUUCGUUGUGUUGUGAAAAGAAAAAAACAAAUUGAGACAAUUUAAAGAUGCAAAAUGCUGACGACGGCGAAUAUUUGUGAUCCGGAUGAAGUAUUGACGGAGCAAGCCCGUUAUCGCCUUGAUCACGAUUUGAAGCAGCUGGAAAGUAGAACUCGUCAAGUUUGUAACUAGAGAAUGUACUUUUUUGAAUAUUUUUCUUUUUAGGACGGUGGCAGGACUUUCUGUGACAAGAAAGGAGUCACGGCGGCCAUGGCCGUGGCUCGUCGCGUCAAGGGAGGAUCCACGGAGGUCAAAAAAAAAAAAGAAUGAAAAAGUCCAAAAGGCCUUUUGAAAAAUUAUGGAAACAGAGUUUUUCGAAAAAUUCCGGAUAAAUUUCGGAAAAAAAUUUUUUGGCUUUUCAGCUUUUCAGUCACUUCUUGAAACCUUAUGGUUCUCCUUUGUAACUUCUCAAUGAACAGCAGUCAAAAAAAAAAGAGGAGAAAAUAAUUUCUUCCACUCUCUUGAAGCAAGAAAUCUUUUGAAGAUUUUGAAAAAAAAAUUUCGAAAAUUGUAGCUUGAAAAAAGAUAAUUUUCCCAGUUUUUUAGUGUAACUUGUUGUUUUUUCUCCUAAACCUGAAAAUGCGUUAGGAAGUGUUUUCAAAGUUCUUGGACAUUACCCCGGAUCUAGAAAAAUUGUCAGCUUGAAUUUUAGGAGGUCAAAAGGAUGGCUAAUGAGAUGCUACAACGUUGGACUCUCGACCAGCAGUGUCAAAAGGCCGUGGUCAUUGUUGUCAGUUUUCUCUCUCUUUUGUCUGAGGAUAUAUUUUGUUAUUUUUCGGUGCUUUUGUGUUUUAAGGGAGAAUUUCAUUAAUAGUUCAUUGAAAAAUUGGCCUUUUUUUGUGGGUUUUUCACAAUAUUCAUAUAUUUUCAGCAUAUUCCCAAAGCUUUUUUAAAGAGCUGUUUUUAUGAUUUCCUGAAUUUGUUUAUUUCUUUUUUAUCAGUGUUUUUAGGUGUCCACCGAAGAUAAGAAGUUCUGGGUGGCUCGCGAUGAUAAAGUCCCAGUUUAUGCGGAUGAAUUCACGCAGAUUUUUCACACAGCAGGUUUUUUUCUAAUAUAUUUCAUAUAAAUAAAAAAAUUUGUUCCAGAAAGCACUCUUCCAACAGAACAAUUAUCAGCAAGCUUUGACGAAUAUCCUGCAGGCCACUUGGUCAGUUUUAUCAGAAUAAAAAAACACUCUUUUUUUGUCAUGUUCAACCACAUUCAUGUUUUCUGGUAUUUGAAAUGCGAAAUAUAUUUUGCCGGAAUAGUUUUUUUAAGUUUAAACUUUCACAACUAUUAUAAAACGAAUUUUGAAGUGCCUUGUGCAGCGUUUUUUUAUCCAUUUCAGGGGAAUAAAACUUGAGGAAAAAAAAAUCAUACUCCGCAAAUAAGUCGGUAAAAGGUCAUAGAAGCAAAUGAACAACAGUUUUUGGAUCAAUGGGUUUUCAUGAUAUUUUGAAAUGAAAUACUCUAAAUAGCGCUCAAUACAUUAGAUUAUAUUGUUUCAUCAUCAAGUUUUUUCAGGGAGAAGGCUCUUUCUAAGCAGGGCCGACCUUCGACUACUGGCGGGGGCGGUUUCAAACCUCAACCUCCGCCAACUGGAGGCGAUCGGGACUCGAAACCGUCUUCUGGUCAGUUUUACAUGGUAAAAGGGGCUUGCUGAACUCAUUGAACUGUUUGAGAAAAAGAUAAUCUCCUCUUUCGAAAAGAAAGUUUUUAAUGCACGUCAACUUUUUGAUCUUUAAUUUAAGAAUGUUUUUUGAGAAAAAAUUGAGAGAAAGAUAAUGGAUCUUUCGGGAAAAAAAAUCCCAGCCCAAAAGUUAAAGAAAAAAAUUUGUAUAGUUAUGGAUUAUAUUUGAUUUUCUCAAGGAUCAUUGUUAAAAGUCAUGACCACGUCGCCAUAAAUUGCUUUCACUGUGAGAAAUGUUCAAGAUCUAAUAACAAAAUAAUAUAUUCAGGCUUUAAAUUCCCGUCGAUUCCAAUGUGGCUGUGGUUGUUCCUGAUCAUGGCUCUUCUGGGCCUGUGCUGCUGCGUCGGAUGCUGUUAUUGCUGCUGUUGCCGAGGUCGUGGAAGCUCCGGAGGCAACCAUCCCCAGCCCGUACCGACUGGUAGGAAAUGCUCUUCGGAGUAAUCUUCAAAAGAAGUUUGAAGGAGGCGGCUAUGACAUGGGCGGCGGUGGAGUGCAUUCUGGAGGCGGCGGCGGAAUUGGCAACUUUUUCCGAUCCGCUGCUGGCGGAGGCGCUGGAGCCAUGAUCGGCAAUAUGUUGUCUAAAAGUUCGUUUAAACUAUAAAUUAGUUAUUUAACAUUUUUAAUUUUUCUUUAAAGGAGGGCGAGGCGGUAACAGUGGUGGAAUGAGCGGCAACAGCGGCUACGGAAUGGGCGGCGCCGGGGCUUAUCAAGGUAUGAUCCAUUUUGAAAAGCAAAAAGUCCUGAGACACUUGGCUCGAAAAGAAUGUCUUCUGCGUUGUUUAUGCAUCUUGUUCUUCCCAAAAGGCGUCCACUGAAUUAAAAAAAUUCACAAAAAAAUAGGUGAAGAAAGAUGAAAAAAAUAUUGCGAAAAAGGUACAUGAAAUAGGAGCGUUUAGGUCUUCUCAAGCCAGGAAAUCGAUGUUUUUCUCUCUCUCUCUCUUGGAUUUUUUUCAUAUUAAUCAUGAAUGAAAAACUAUUAUCUUUAUUUUUGAGUCUUCUUUGUAUUUCAGCUUGUAUAAUUAUUUUUUUCACUAUAAACUUGAGUUAGGUCAUAAUUUUCAGGAGGCGGUUCUUAUCCCGACGGUCCUCAGCCUGUUUAUGACGACAACCAAGGAGAGGGCGGCAAAGGCCUCUAUCCCUCGAAAGCCGUCAAGGACGAAGGCGGCGGCGGCAGCUGGGCUUGA